UAAAAACAUAUAUACAUUUAAAUGAAAUAUUGCAAGUGCUUCGAGUGGUGAAGUGCAGAAGAAAACCCCAAAAAAAUGCUCCACCGCAGAACAGUGUUUCAAUAUUCACAUGACUGAAAAGCCAUUUCUCACAACCAUUGCACAAAAAUGCAACACCCUUACCCAACUCAAGCAACUACACGCCCAUAUCCUCCGAUGUCGUAUCCAACACGCUCCCUACGCCCUCGCCCCACUCCUCUCCGUCGCAGCAACCUCCUUUUUCUCUUACGCUCAUUCCAUUUUCAUCCACCUCACUCACCGCAACACUUUCAUCCACAACACCAUGAUCAGAGCCUACCUUCUUAAUCAUUCCCCCGCAACCGCACUUUCAUGCUACCUAACAAUGUUGCAAAACGGUAUUCCCGUUAACAACUAUACGUUUCCACCUUUGAUCAAAUCCUGCACUGCACUUAUUUCUUCCUCCCAUUGUACUUCCACUCUUAUGAUUGGACGUUUGGUGCAUUCUCAUGUUGUUCAAUUCGGCUUCACCAAUGACCCUUAUGUCGUGAGUGCGUUUAUAGAGUUUUAUUCUGCUUCACGCCACCUGCAUAGGGCGAGGGUGCUAUUCCAUCAAACAGAGGAGAAAGAUGUUGUUUUGUGGACGGCCAUGAUUGAUGGUUAUGGCAAAAUAGGGGAUGUUGAAAGUGCAAGACAGCUGUUUGAUGAAAUGCCUGACAGAAAUGUUGUGUCUUGGAGUGUAAUGAUGGCAGCUUAUUGUCGUGUAAAUGAAUUUAAGGAAGUGCUGGCUUUGUUUUUAGAGAUGCAGAAUGAAGGCGUGAAGCCGAAUGCUUCUAUACUUGUUACUGUGCUUACGGUAUGUGCACACCUGGGUGCACUUACUCAGGGAAUGUGGGUACAUUCCUAUGCCAGGCGAUUCGAGAGGAUAAGCUUGAAUCCCAUCCUUGCAACAGCUUUGAUUGACAUGUAUUCAAAAUGUGGAUGUGUGGAAUCAGCUUUAGCUGUUUUUGAUUGUAUUUCAAAUAAGGAUGUUGGAGCUUGGAAUGCUAUGAUUUCUGGUGUAGCCUUGAAUGGUGAUGCCGGGAAAUCGUUGAAGUUGUUUCAACAAAUGGUUGUUUGUGGAAAUCGCCCUAAUGAGACUACCUUUGUGGCUGUGCUUACUGCUUGUACACACGCAAGGAUGGUUCAGGAAGGUCUUCAGUUAUUUGAAGAGAUGAGUGGAACAUACAGAGUUGAGCCGUGUGCGGAGCAUUAUGCGUGUGUUGUGGACCUUUUGUCUAGGGCUGGCAUGGUAGUGGAAGCCGAGAGGUUUAUUGAGGAGAAGAUGGGUGGAUUUGCAGCUGGUGAUGCUAAUGUAUGGGGUGCUAUACUGAAUGCGUGUAGAAUUCAUAAGAAUAUUAAUGUUGGGAAUAGAGUGUGGAAAAAGCUGAUUGAUAUGGGAGUAGCUGAUUGUGGUACUCAUGUUCUUACAUAUAACUUAUAUAGAGAAGCUGGAUGGGAUGCAGAGGCAAACAGAGUUAGGAGUAUGAUUUCAGAAGCAGGGAUGAAGAAAAAACCUGGAUGCAGCAUUAUAGAGGUGGGGAAUGAAGUUGAAGAGUUUCUUGCUGGUGAGCAGUCUCAUCCACAAGCACUGGAAAUGUGCAGGUUGCUUGAUUCAAUUCUCAAGAUGGACAAUUUAGAGCACAUCUAGUAAUGGGUGUAAAGCAACCUUUUUCCUCUCAUCUGUUUGGUGAUGGAAAAGUAGCAAGGAGCAAUUUAGCACUUUGGGUUUCCCGGGUGUCAAGAACACUAAUUCGUGUGAAAGUCUUAUGCUGAUAAUAAAUCACUGAUAAUGUGUUUCAGCCUUUCUGCUCUGGGACCAGGCCCAAGUUCAGUUAUAUCUCUUACGAUGAGUACUGUUUAGUGAUGUUUGAAUUUGCUUACUGAACCACAUACCAGGCACUUAACCAUUUGCAUUUCGUCCCAAGAGUUUGAUGUCUAUCUUAUCAAAGACAGGUUCACUUCUGCCAAAUUUCCUAGCAAAAGGAACAUUGCUGUCCAUCAUUAACUGGUAGUCAUUGAUUGUGCGGAAAUGUUGGCAUUGUUUUGGAAGGUAAGGUUGUCCUAUGAAAUGAAAUUGAGGUCAUGGUUCACAGUAGUGUUGUGAAAUCCUCAAAAUUACAGAUGACUGUGUGAAAGUAUCCUCAGGGGAUGACAGAAAGUUAUCAUAAUACAUCAAGACAGUUCUAGGCAAGUUAUCCAACCCCAUAAUACACAAUAUGCAUUAAAAGGGUGAGAAAGCAUCAUACACAGCAAAAUCAGGAAUCGAAGUUUAAGAACUUGGAUAACCAGGAACUGGAAUUACCACUUGUAAGUUUGUUUUUUCUAGAUUUUCCUUUAGUUUUGACUCAAGUCAGAUUUAUGUAAAUCUCUAAUCUUUUUUUUUUUCAAUUUUUUUUUUGAGAAGGGGAGAUUAUUAUCUAAUACAGAUCCUUUAAUGAUUAUCAUUAGUUGUAAUUAUUUUUUUACAAUAUAUGAAGUUGUGAUACUUUAUUCAUAUUAUGGUAUCAAGAGCUCUCUUUUUUAAGAGUUCAA